ACUUCCCAAGAUGGCGGCCAAUGGCGGCCACACGCGCAACUACAAACCAAAUCACGAACCCAAAUCCUAAUAGAGAAUUUUAGAACAGCAGACCCAUCCAGUCAGAUAAUCAACACAUCUUCUGGCACAUUACAAUUACAUUUUGUGGCAGCUGUCAAAAAUGUCAGUAAAUAUCAAAGGAUCAGCUUUGGUCUUUGUGCCAAAAUGCAAAUAUUCCAAAACAUUCACCAUUCUGUUAUAGAAGACUGCAACUCGAUCUCUCAUCAGAGAUAUCUUAAGAGCGAAGGCAGGCAGUUAAAAGGCAUUCUCUUUCAUUACAUUCUCACAUAUCACUAAUGUUUUGACUAAAAACAUUCAUUAUUUUCUUCAAACAUCGAUACAGACCUCGAAGCUUUCCUCAUCGUCGCUCAUUCACCACACCACUAAACCUUAUACUCAGGCUCGUCUUAACAGUAUCAUUAACUGUAUCAUAGAUCCCUGGCAAAUCAAUGCACUGGCCCCUAUAAUAUAUAUUCACUGACAGCAAGCCACAGUAGAUACAAAUGAGAAUUGAGUCCCUAGAUCUGUGUCCCACCUCACUAGCGGACAGAUGUGCUUUAAGACGGUAGUAAUUACAAUCGGAAUAAAGGAAGAAAAAAAAAUAACUAUCUCUCGUUACUUUACUCUUUUUUCUGUUUGAUUAACUUCGGAUUAACAUCAGACACACAGACACACAGAAAACUCCGACUAGAAAAGCUGUCAAAACUUUAAACAAGUAAACUUAUCAAUUAAAAUAUAUCUUUAAGAAAACUUUUAUACGAAUAUAAAAGAAAAGCAUCCAGCAAAAAAAAAUACAACGAACAGACUUGAAAUAUUAGAAAACUAACCUUUUCUUGUUUUGUUUUCUUUUGUUUUACAUUAAAAUCUGGUGAAUUGUUGGAUCACAUCUGCUAAAAAUUGAAAAGGCUUUUGUUCCCAUCAAUACUCAUUUGGGAGUCCAGACUUACAGCAUGUGAUCCAGUGCAAACACCAAUUAGGGACAAUUGGUAUACUCAGUUGAGUCUAACACAGAACAGCCAGAGAUGAGGUAGUUAAUCGUUUCUCAAAUGGUACCACAAAAGUGGCAGGAACAAACUAAUUUCUUAACUUGUUCUGUCUUGGGACCAUACCACUAAACAUUCCAACACAAUGUCAGAGAGGUCUAAUAGAAGGCGAAAACUUCCACAGUGGAUGCUGUCUUUGGUCAGUUCCAAUACUGAAACUACAAGAGAUUCUGAUAAUAAUCAGUUUGAUGCCAAUUGUGAUGUUGAGUCAGAAGAUAAUGACAUAGAAGAGCUCUCUAACCUUGACCGAGCCAAUACAGUAAUGUAUAUGAUGAGUGAACAAGAGCUGCUACAUAUUGCCAUGAAAACACUUCAUACGGAAAAUGAAGAUCUUCGCUCUGAUGAAACACUCACCACAAAACCUACAAAAAUAUGUUUCAGAAACAAAACUCUUGUUAACUUUCAAUCAUCCAGUCAUUGGAACCAAGUAAAUUCUGUUGCUAUUAAUGAUAACAGCAUUGAUGAUAAUGACAGUGAAGACAACCAAAGAAGGGUUGAUACGAGGCGUCCUCACAUGAAAAUCGAAUCUCAUAAGAAAAUUAAUGAUUCUGUUAAAAACAAGAAAUUAAAAACAAAGACACCAAAGACUUCUGUAAAUAUUCAUCAAAUAAGGAAAGAUACUGAACCAGUUCCUCCAGAUACAUUGUCUGGUCACAGCCAUCAAAAAACCACAGGUACAAUAUUGACUAAUCGAGAUAUUGAGACAGAUCAGAUGGCAACAAACAAAGACAUUCAUAUUAAUAACAAACAGUGGACAGAUGAAAAUAUUCAAAAGGAUAAAAAUGGCUCCACUUUACCCUUCACUAUAUUCAGCUCCAGAGAAACAAUCUCUCGUCAAAAACCCGAUCUGUCAAUUUUAGAUGAAAUAUUUUUGUAAUAAAUUUGAAAAUCUGAUUAAAUUUUCUUCUUUCCUUUUAACUGAUUUUA